UUCCGACAACCAACCACACUGCCAACCUUUCAAACCCUCAUCCACCACCAUGGCGAACUCAUCCAGUCGCCCGACUUACCAUCAAGACUACAUUGCGCGCAUCCGAUAUUCCAACGCCCUGCCUCCUCCACCAUGCCCUCCGAAGCUCCUCGAGAUCCCCAACACUGGCCUUGCGAGCGGACAAUACACAUCAGCCGGCUUUGGGUCCCGCUUAGCACGAGAGCAGCCACUGAACAUUGAAGCAGAUGCGGAGCUUGGUAUGCCCAUAGACCUCGUCGGUCUGCCGGGUGUCUUCGAUGGAAAUGAGAGCGCAAUCCACUUCCUGGACGCUCCAAUAGCCCAUCACCCCCACGACAAAGCCCUGCUCCGUCCUCUGGCCUCACUAGGGAAGCCCGCGUCGGGCGCAACAGGCGUCAGUUUCCUCCGACGAACCGAGUACAUCACUUCCGCUGCGGGGGGGGGAUCGCGCUUUGAGUCCAGCAGCUCGAGCAACACGGUACGCGCGCGCAGCACCAAGCGGCGGCGGGCCGACAUGUCCAAGGACGACCCCAUCCACAUCAUUCGGUCGAUCGCCAAGGGCUUCGAUCUCGCGUACCCCCAAGACGCCUACCUGGGCCCAGACUCCAGCACCAACAUCCGCGCCGCAGAAAUCACACCAGAGGAGCGCAAGGCGUGGAAGCAGCCCGUGCAUCCGAUCCGGAGCGACGUCAAGCUUCUCGACAGCUACCCCAUCCUCCCAGACCUCAACGCGAUUCCAGACGGCGGCGCGUACGUGAUCGUCAAGUUCAACGCCUGCCCCGUGAAACCAUCAGACAAGUACGACGAGCGCAUCGACGUCGGCGUUCUGCGGCCCCUAGACCCGACCCCCGAGCUGCUCGAGCGCCUCAAAGCCCAGCAGGCCGAAGCCGAGGCCGAUCCCUCGAAGCCGCCGCCGGAGGUCGAGCGCGACUACGAGUUCUUCCUCCCCGCCAACGCGGACAAGGUGCGCGGCAUCAAGCGCAACUUCGGCGUGCUGGACCCCGACAACGUCGAGUUCGACAACGACGACGAGCCGCCCACGUUCCGGUACGACCGUGUGCGGGCGUUCGAAACCCACAAGCAGAGCGGCGACGCGAACGAUGCCUACGGCGAGCAGGUCGCGCUUGUGCUGCAUGAUCCGGAUGCGCAGGCGCCGCAGCGCACCGAGCCGCUGCAGAAGGCUGCUUACUACUAUCCGAUCCGCAUGCGGACGCUCAUUCGGCCACAGCGUCCGGGCAUCGGGGGCAGGCUGCAGCAGAGCCAGGCGAGCCAGGCUGCUGGCGAGGUUGAGGAGAAGGUUGAUCAGCUCUUGGUCCGGGGGAUGUCGCCUGCGGCGGAGAAUGCGGAGGCGAGGGCAGAGUUUGUAGCGAAGUACGAUAUGCAAGUUCCAGUUGAGGGCUGAGGUGCGAAGUCUUAGCGGUCGAAUUGUUCCCUUUUGCUGUUGAGCCUCCAUCUUGGUGCAUUGCGUUGGCGUAGGAAUCUGGAAACGGGUCAAACUGUCUGAGCUUUUACUCUACUUGAAUGAUACCACUUUCAGCCAUCAAAGCUCUGGAUAUACAAGC